AAGCAAUCUUACAACUACAAUGAUUACUUUUACUUUUAUCAUCUUUUUAUUUUUUACCUCUAUCAAUCAGUCAAUUCAAAACGUUGAAUUAGCACAAAAUAGGCAAAAAUUGCAACAAGACAAAAUUAUCUGCGGAAGUGUGUUUACAGAAAAACUAUUUUAUUUACAAUCUCCAGAUUAUCCAGAAAAUUAUCCAUCGAACGUCAACUGCGAAUAUAUUCUAAAAAAUCCCGAUGAGUGUCCCACGUACUUCAAAUUAAAUUUUCUCGUGUUUCGCCUGGAAAAUUCAGUAGGAUGUGAUAGAGACAAGUUGAUAAUUCAAGAUCAGGAUGUCUUGUGUGGCAAUGGUCCCGAAAAUCCCGAGGGUAACGCUUAUUUUUCGAAUGACGGCACAUUGAACGUGCGGUUCAUCACUGAUGGGAAUGGAACUUCUUCGGGAUUCAAGAUUUUAGUCAAUAGGACGGAUUGCGAAAAUGAUAUUAGAAGAACGACUACGGACGUUACUGAAACUUUCGAAACGUCUACAUUAGAACAAGAGCUAUCCACGCUUCCCUUCCGGCCAUUCCAUCUACCAAUUCAACCGGCUCACGAAGGAAAACUACCGCAUUGCUGCCUGAACACUUACAAUUCUAGAAGAUUCUUAAUUACAAGUCCCAAUUUUCCAAACAGUUUAAAUGCAAAGUUUGAAUGUGCGAUUCAGAUUCAAAAAGCUAACCAAAAUAUUUGCAGACUAAGGUUGUCGUUUCUGUAUUUUUAUUUAGGAUCAAGCAACUACAACAACUGUCCGUAUGGUUAUCUCAAAAUCGACGGAAAACUAAUAUGCGGCUGUAACCAGGAGUUAAAACUAACCACCACUUUUGAAAACGACAAUAUCAAAAAUCUAAUUUUCAAAUCUGACCAAACAAAUGUUAACUCCAGAACUGGUUUUAUAAUAGAAGUUAUUCAAGAUGAGUGCCCGACAAAAUACUAUCCGGCUAGCAAAAAUGAUGUUAAUAACGCCAAAGAAGAUUACAGAUAUAUUGUACCUCGAUUUGGAGAACAAUCAUAUAUUGAACAAGCGCAACUGGUACAUCAAAAAACGGAAAUUACAAAUAACAACCCUAGCAGUUCAAAAUUUGUAAACGUACCGAAAUUGGUAAAGACCUUUUACUACUUUACAGAACCCGAUUAUAACGCUUUACCGUUAGAGCCUAGAGAAAAUGAACCUACGACUUUUAUAGACACCACAACUAUAAAUUCAGUUGUAACAAAUCUUAAUUCGAAUGAAUGCAUGAACUGGAAUAGUUUUCAACUACAAAAUUUGCUUAAUCGUUAUGGUACAAAUUUGCAAACUUGCAGAAGAACCGAGGAUAAUAGCGAUAGCGAGAGACGUGACUGCGUUGAAUUAGAUUAUUUGAAUGGAUAUUUUAAAAGUCCUGGAUAUCCCUUUUUCUAUCCCAAGAAUUUAAAUAUUUGUUACAGAUUCAGAAAGCAAACAGGAUAUUGCGGUGUUCGAUUGUUCAUGGCCGACUUUAAAAUAGAAAACAGUUAUGGAUGUCAUAAAGAUUAUAUUUUAUUGGAAAAUGGGAAUAAAUAUUGCGGAAAGAGACUCUUUGGACAAUAUUUAACAUUUGAUUUAACCUACAAAAAUCACGUCGAUAUGAUAUUCGUAACAGAUACAUUUUUCUGCGGACGCGGUUUCUUUGGUACAUACAGACAAUUACACUGUCAAACGAAUCCAGAUUAUACUACUAUUCGCCCUGAUUUUACCACCACUACGACGCUAAGGCCGUUUCCAAUUUGCGAUAGAUAUAUUACUGAUCGAGCUUUUGAAUUGGAAGUUGGUCAGGAUUUAGAAAAAUGUAUAUUUCAAAUUAGGAGGCUUUCAAAGAAUGUUUGUAAAAUAAACCUCUAUUUGGAAAAAUUCGAUCUGUUCUGCGGUUCAGAAGCUUUAGAAUUAGAUAAAAUGAUGCUAUGUGGACACCUUUCAGGAAGAAAACUUUCAGUAAAUUUUGAAGACAAUAAUGAUUUAAUCCAGAUUAUAUACCAAAGCAGUCUAACAAAUAAAUAUGAAGACUACAAAUUCAGGAUAUUUGGAGAACAAAUUACUGACGAUUGCCUAUUUCCAGAUCCACCUGUUCAACGGUUUGUGAAAAAUUCAUAGAUAAUUUUAUACCUAAUAUGUUUUACUAUUUUUUUUAAACAUGCUUUAAUAGCAAAAUAUACUACAUUACUCGUACUAGAUUGUAUUGUAUCGUGAAGAAAAAAAUAAAACUGUACUUCAAUUUUAAUAAUACAUCUUGUUAAGUUGGUUUGGUGUUAUUAGAUAAAUAUUAAAAGAAGCCAUAGUUUUUCUGACACAUGUUAUGGAAGUUUAGUUAUCCACGUGAGGGUGAAAAUAUAUUAAUAAUCCAAACUAUUUUUUUUUUAUUUAAUUAUAGGUAAUAUUUUAGUUCUUUAGAGGCUGAAAUAUUUUUUCUAAUAAUUAGAUUCGUGUUUAAAACUAUCAGCCCCAAACAAGAUUGGCUCUCGAAGUUUGAAGAAGAAGAAAAUUUCCUUAAAUUAAUCAAUUUAACUUUUGAACCUUCUUGUUCUUCUUCUUUUUUUUUU